GAAGGCGGUCGGAGAUCCAGCCAGGGCUCUGAGCUGGUGGUCCAUGAGCAGCCUCAGGAUGGGGAGAAGCCCUACAAGUGCUUGGAGUGUGGGAAGAGCUUCAGCCAGAGGAAAACCCUGAUCCGCCACCAGAUGAUUCACACUGGGGAAUGGGCCUACGAGUGUGGGGAAUGUGGGAAGGGCUUCAGCUUCAAGUCCCAACUUGUCAUCCACCAGCGCAUCCACACUGGGGAGAGGCCCUAUGAGUGUUCUGAGUGUGGGAUGAGGUUUCACAGCAGCUCCAAUCUUGUCCUGCACCAGCGAAUUCACACGGAUGAGAGGCCCUUCCGCUGCCCCGACUGUGGGGAGGGCUUCAAGCGAAACUCCAACCUCAUCACCCACCGGCGCAUCCACACUGGGGAGAGGCCCUACAGGUGUGGGGAAUGUGGGAAGAGCUUCAGCCACAGAUCCAACCUCAAUACCCACAAACACAUCCACACUGGGGAGAGGCCUUACAAGUGUACCCAGUGUGGGAAGAGCUUCUCAGACAGGUCUAACUUUGGCAGACACCAGUGGAGGCACCAGUAAGGGAAGCCCUGCAAGUGCCUCAAAAUACAGGAAGAGCUUUGUGCACUGCCCCAGCUUCAUCCGCCCAUGGAGAAUCCACAUUGGGAAGAGACCUGGUGAUCCGUGUUCCCUGGGAUCCAUGCUGGGAAGACACCUGUACCUUUUCCUGCCCAUGGCAAUGUCAUGAUGUGGGAUCAAAGAAUGUGAGACUGUGAUCAUGGUCCAUUAUAUUCAAUCCCAUCUCAGGUCAUUGCCAGGGGCAGGAAAAGGACUACCUCUCUCUCACCAGAGAAAAGUGUCCUUUCUUGGCAGGAGGAAAUACGUGGCCAGGAAGAGUCAGUUGGUGGUAUUUUAGUUUUCCCUGUGAAUGGUUUGUAUUAUCCUUUCUGUUACCAAAAUUGUUUCUGUGUCUGUUUGUUCCUUAUCUCGUGGCUGUUCUCAAUAAAUUGUUCUUAUCCCAGCCUGGGAUCUUUGCCUGUUGUGCUUUCCAUGGGAGGCGGGAGGGAAGCGAGCAGCAGCAAGGUUUCAGCAGGAGCAGGAAAUUGGGGAAUGCCAUUCCUGAAGCCCAGCCCAUGGAAACCGAGCAUCCCAGCUGGUGCCAGGCCUGGUUGCCAUGGCAGCAGCCUUGGGAGCGGGUCCCUGGCUGGGGGC